AUGCCAUCAUUAGCAGGUAAAACAAUUUUCAUAACGGGAGCAUCACGUGGUAUUGGUAAACAAAUUGCAUUACGAUGUGCAAAAGAUAAAGCUAAUAUUGUUGUUGCUGCUAAAACAACUGAACCUCAUCCAAAAUUACCAGGAACAAUUUAUACAGCUGCUGAAGAAAUUGAAAAAGCUGGUGGAAAAUGUUUACCAUGUGUUGUUGAUGUACGUGAUGAAGAACAAGUUAUUAAAGCAUUUGAACAAGCUGCACAAAAAUUUGGUGGUAUUGAUAUUUUAAUUAAUAAUGCAUCAGCUAUUUCCUUAACGGAUACAACGUCAACACCAAUGAAACGUUAUGAUUUAAUGCAUUCAGUUAAUGCACGUGGAACUUUUCUUUGUUCCAAAGUGGCAAUUCCAUAUUUAAAAAAAUCCUCAAAUCCUCAUAUUCUUAUGAAUUCUCCACCAUUAUCAUUGAAUCCAUUUUGGUUUAAACGACAUGUUGCUUAUACUGUUGCUAAAUACAACAUGUCUUUGUAUGCAUUAGGUCUUGCAGCUGAAUUACGUGAAUUUGGUAUUGCUGUAAAUACAAUAUGGCCAAAAACUGCUAUUGAUACUGAUGCAAUAAAUUUAAUUGCUGGUGAAGAUUAUCGAAAAAAAUGUCGACGACCAGAAAUCAUGGCUGAUGCAGCAUAUGCAAUCAUAACACAAGAUAGUCGAGCAUGUACAGGCAAUUUUUUUGUUGAUGAAGUAUUACUUCGUCAACAAGGUGUAACAGAUUUUGAUCAAUAUUCUGUUGUAUCUGGUACAACUGAUUUUAUGCUUGAUUUUUUUCUUGAUGAAAAUAUUCCUCAAUUACAACAGAAAAAAUCAUUACAAUCUAAACAAAAAUCCGAAACAACUACAAGUGAAUCAUCAAAUGUCGAACAAGUAUUUAAUAAUAUUAAAACAUUAUUAACACCAGAAUUAUUAAAAAAAAUUAAUAGUGUUUAUGCAUUUGAUUUACAAGGUGAUCUAUGGUAUUUAGAUAUGAAAAAUGAUAAUGGUAGUGUUGGUCAAGGUGAACCACCAUCUGGUAAAGCACAAUGUACAUUUAAAAUGUCAAAAGCUGAUUUUCAAUCAAUGUUUGCUGGAAAAUUAAAACCAACAGCAGCAUUUAUGGGUGGAAAAUUAAAAAUUCAAGGCGAUUUGCAAACAGCACUUAAAUUAGAAAAAUUACUUAAUCAAAUGGUUAAAUCAAAACUUUAA